UCAAUUACCCAAGAGCCAUCAAAUGCGGAACACUCCACAGAAGGGGUGGGGAGUCAUAUGACAGAAGCAAAAUGGCUACCGUCCAGUGGUACUCUCGUGUACGAAACUAUGAGGCGGAACUCCAAGUCUGUCGCCUUGAAUCCGUGCCCGUGGAGUUCGGUGACUACCACCCGCUUAAGCCCAUCACCGUGAGUGCCGAUGCCCACACUGAUGUGACAGAGUCAAAGUCGCGGCGAGGCGGACGCAAAGGCAGCACUUCCUCGUCCUCCUCCUCCUCCAGCUCGGCCGCGCCAGACCCGCUGAGCUCCAUGCUGGACGGGACGGACCCCCUGUCGCUCUUCGCCGCUGCCUCCGCCAGCGAGGCCCCCGCCCUCUCGCACGCAGCCGGCUCUGGGGAGCUGGGGAGGAAGAGGAAGGAGAAGGAGGAAGAGGGAGCCGUGGGCUUGGACUUCGAACCCUGGUCUGCCAAGAGGGGAGAGAUAUUGGCCAGGUUCACCACCACAGAGAAGCUGUCGAUUAACCUGUUCAUGGGCUCAGAUAAAGGCAAGGCUCCCAGCCCUGGAUCAGCCGUGUCUGAGAAGGUCCGCACCCGUCUGGAGGAGCUGGACGACCUGGAAGAGGGCUCUCAGAGGGAGAUGCUGAACCUGUCCCAGCAGGACUACGUGAACCGCAUAGAGGAGCUCAACCAGUCACUGAAGGAGGCCUGGGCCUCCGACCAGAAGGUCAAAGCGCUGAAGAUCGUCAUCCAGUGCUCCAAGCUGCUGUCCGACACAGCCGUGAUUCAGUUCUACCCCAGCAAGUUUGUCCUCAUCACAGACAUCCUGGACACAUUUGGGCGCCUGGUGUACGAGCGGAUCUGGUCCAUGUGCUCCGACUCCCGGCUCCUGCCAGACUCCUUCUCCGUGGACGACGUGAACGACACGGCCAAGGAGACCUGCCUCAACUGGUUCUUUAAGAUCGCCUCCAUCAGAGAGCUCAUUCCCCGACUAUAUGUGGAGGCCGCAAUCCUUAAGUGCAACCGCUUCCUCUCCAAGACGGGGAUCCAGGAGACUCUCCCUCGGCUCACGGCGAUGAUUCGGGGUAUCGGGGACCCCCUGGUGGGCGUUUACGCUCGAGCGUACCUCUGCAGAGUGGGGAUGGAGGUGGCCCCACAGCUGAAGGACAGCCUGAAUAAGAACUUCUUCGACCUGCUGGGCUCCUUUCGGCAGAUCCACGGGGACAGUGUUCAGAACCAGCUGGUGCUGCAGAGGGUGGAGGUGCCUGUGUACCUCACCCUGUACUCCCCUGCCAUAAACUGGACCCUGCAGUGUGUGUCCUACAGAGCGCCAGAGGCCCUGUUGACAGAGAUGAUGGAGCGCUGCAAGCAGAUAGGGAACAAUGCUUUGCUGCUGAACUCAGUGAUGUGGGCGUUCCGGGCGGAGUUUGUGGCGACGAGGGCCACAGACUUCAUCAGCAUGAUCAAGGACUGCGACGAGGCGGGCUUCCCCAAGCACCUGUUGUUUGGGUCUCUGGGCCGCAGUCUGGCCUGUGCGGACCCCCCAGAGAGUGAGAGGCUGCCCAUCCUCAACGAGGCCUGGAGGGUCAUCACCAAAGUGCGCAGCCCCCAGGACUAUAUCAGCUGUGCUGAGAUCUGGGUGGAGUUCACCUGCCGCCAUUUCACAAAGCGUGAGGUGAACACCGUGCUCUCCGACAUCAUCAAGCACAUGACCCCUGACCGCGCCUUCGAGGACGCCUACCCGCAGCUGCAGUCGGUCAUACGGAAAGUGCUCACCUACUUCCACGACUUCUCCAUGCUCUUCUCCAUGGAGCGCUUCCUCCCGUUCCUGGACAUGUUCCAGAAGGACAGCGUCAGAGUGGAGGUGUGCCGAUCCAUCAUGGAGGUCUUCAUCAAGUACCAGCAGGAGCCCACGCGUGACCCAGUCAUCCUGAACGCUCUGCUGCAUGUCUGCAAGACCAUGCACGACUCAGUCAAUGCUCUGACUCUGGAUGAUGAGAAGAGGUCUCUGGCCUUGCUGAUAAACGGUUUCAUCCGUAUGGUGUCCUUUGGGCGGGACUUUGAGCAGCAGCUGAGCUUCUGUGUCGAGGCGCGGGCGACCUUCUGUAACCUGGAGCCCGUGAUGGUGCAGCUCAUCCACACGGUGAACCAGCUCGCCAUGGAGACGCGGCGGGUGAUGAGGGGCAGCCACUCGCGGAAGACGGCCGCCUUCGUCAGGGCGUGUGCAGCCUACAGCUUCAUCACCAUCCCGUCUCUCAGCAGCAUCUUCAGCCGGCUGAACCUGUACCUGCUGUCUGGGCAGGUGGCGCUGGCCAACCAGUGUCUGUCCCAGGCGGAUGCGUUCCUGAAGGCGGCAGUCAGUAUUCUGCCGGAGGUCCCUCGCAGCAUCAGCGUCGAGGGCAAACUGCGCUCAUCUGAGGGCUUCCUGCUCGACUUCGUCAACAACUUCCUGUCCACGCUGCUGGUGGUGCCGGACCACCCGGAGCAGGGUGUGCUGUACCUGGUGAGGGGGCUGCUGAACAUGGUGCAGGACUACACCUGGGAGGAGAGCAGUGACGCUAAAGUGCGCGUCUACGUCAGCGCCCUGCCGCUGCUGUCCGCCAUGAGCCAGGAGACCUACCUGUACUCUAUAGCUAAAGUGGACUCUAAUGAGACUCUGUACGGAGGGGACCCAAAGUUUCUGGCGGAGAUCAACAAGCUGUGCGAGACUCUGAUUGGUCAGGUGCUGGAUCACCUGAAGACCCUGGGGACAAAUGAGGGCGUGCGGAGACAGGGCAGUUUGGCGUUCUCUCUUUUCGGCUGCCUGCUCGCUCACGGGGACCUUCGCAAUAACAGACUCAACCAGCUGUCCGUCAACCUCUGGAACCUGAGCCACAAGCACGGCUACUGCGACACACGCACCUCGGUACGCACCCUGGAGUACAUCAAACACCUGGGCCAGCAGCCCAACAUGAGCCACUUCUCCGACAUGGUUCAACGGCUCUCCCUGCAGUCCAGGGCCUGAACUGCACCUGCUCCCAAAUACCGCCAAAACUACAGUUCCCACGAUCCCAUCCCACAUCCUGCUUGAACUACAGCUCCCAUCUCACACCCUGCUACAAAAUAUUCCCUGGACUACAGCUCCCAUGAUCCCCUCCCACAUCCUUCCAGAACUACAGCUCCCAUCAUCCCAUCCCACAUCCUUCCAGAACUACAACUCCCAAUCCCACAUCCUGCCUGAACUACAGCUCCCAUCUCACACCCUGCUACAAAAUAUCUCCUGAACUACAGCUCCAUGAUCCCCUCCCACAUCCUGCCAGCACUACAGCUCCAGUCUCGCAUCCCGCCAGGACUACAGCUUCCAUCCCACAUCUAGCCGGGACUGCAGCUCCAAUCCCAGCAGCCUCUGCAAACUCUUGCUUCAGCCGAUUCCCAGCAGGCCAAUCAGCACUAAAUCACAGCCAGUAACCCCCAGACUCUUAAUCAGUGUUCAGACCGCGUUAUUAGCGAGACACACCAUCUUAAUCCCCGUCUCAUCUCAUCUCCCAUUCCCACUGUUCAGUGAGUGUGUACUUGUGUAUGCAUGUGAUUUUCCAGGCUGAUCUUUGUACAAAUAAACCUCUCGCCUCUAACAUGAAUCGAA